AUGGCUCGCCGUGCGUCCCCAUCGUCGAGGAUGGUCCUCACCUUCGCCGCGCUCCUCUCCGCGUCGAUCUUGGCGGCGAGCCUUCCGCGUCUCGCGGACGCAGUUCCCGUCUCGUUCGUGCUGACUCAGGUCCGCAACAAGACGAACACGUCCCCAUUUACCGCGGACAUUUCCGCGGGAAUGGUGGAAUUCGCCGCGGGAUACGACAAGGUGGACGACAUUGCAGGAGGAACCCUUUUCCUGCCCAUUGACACUGCGUGGACUACCGCGCUCGACGGAUACAAGGCCCUGAACGCGACUGCGACGACCGCGUCGGACCCGCUUCUCGAGGCGCUAGAUACGUUGGUGAAGUCUAAGGGGGCUCUGGCGGCCCUUAACUCCAUGACCAGUGGUGGACGGAACGCGCUGUCGCGGCUCGCUAAGUUCAUGGCGAUUCGCGAGUACCUCGACAACACGAAACUGAACAGCACCUACAAGAGCGGCCGGUUCAGCUUCAGUUCGCUGAUGAACCAGAACAUCUGGCUAUACGGCGACACCGCAGAAAACUCCUGGUUCCUCACCGGAACCGACCCCGAUUUCCUACUCAAGCCCCCUACCGGUUCCGCCAAGCUCGCGGCCACGGCUGCUCCCCCCCCGGCGUCCGCCUCCUCCGCCGCGCCUGCUUCCGCGCCUGCGCCCGCUCCUCUCGUGGACACUACCGUUGACACGCCGCCAGCGGCGGCUCCCGCGCCCGCGGUCGCGGCCCCCUCGCCCGCGGGCGCGGCCCCCGCGCCCGCUGGAGGGCUUGUGGCGGGAAGUGGCGCGGGAGGGCCGAAAGCCGUCUCGGUGGUGGCGAUUGUUCUGCCGCUGUUCUCGAAGAACACGAUUCUGGGUGUAACGACGUCGUCGUCGGAUGUGUCGGUGAACCUGGUGUCCGAUGUGGUUUUCCCCAGCAACAUGGCCUCGCUCACCAUGUUUGACGCUACCUCUGCUUACGGCACUGCUAACAAGGGUGCCAAUGCUCUGUUCAGCAACGGAAUUGCCCUCCUUGCAGCUCUGAUGGCGCUGCUUGUGCUCUUUUGA